CGGAGCUCGGCCCGGCCCGGCCGAGCGGCGGCGCGGAGAGGAGGAGCCGCGUUCCGCCGAGCGGGCCCGUAGUCCCGGCGCGGAGUGGAAGGGGCCGGCUGCGGCGGCGGCCAAUGCGAAACUGGCUGGUGCUGCUGUGCCCCUGUGCGCUCGGGGUCGCGCUGCACCUCUGGCUGCUGCUCGGCUGCCCCGGCGGCCCCGGGAGGCGGCCGGCAGGUCCGCUGGCCUUCUUUCCUCAGUGGAAGCUGAAACAUUAUGAUGUUGUUGUAGGUGUUUUGUCAGCUCGCCACAAUCAUGAACUGCGCACUGUUAUAAGGAACACGUGGUUCCAGCACUUGAAACAACACCCAACACUGAGCCAACGUGUCCUUGUGAAGUUUAUAAUAGGUGCGCGUGGUUGUGCUGUGCCAGUGGAGGACAGAGAAGACCCCUACUCCUGCAAGCUUCUGAACAUCAGUAAUCCAGUUUUGAAUCAGGAAAUUGAAGCAUUCAGCCUCCCUGAGGACGCACCUUCUGUGCUAUCUGAGGACAGAGUUGUCAGUGUGAACUUCCGUGUGCUUUACCCCAUUGUCAUCACCAGUCUUGGGGUCUUUUAUGAAGCUGAUGGGGUGGGAUUCCAGAGGAACAUCACUGUCAAACUGUACCAAGCAGAACAUGAGGAAGCUCUCUUCAGUGCGCGCUUUAGCCCACCAAGCUGUGGAGUACAAGUGAACAGACUGUGGUACAAGCCAGUGGAGCAGUUCAUUUUGCCAGAGAGUUUUGAAGGCACCAUUGUAUGGGAGAGCCAGGAUCUACAGGGCCUUGUUUCAAGAAACCUUCACAAAGUGAUGGUGAAUGAUGGAGGGGGUGUUUUCAGAGUCAUUACAGCAGGGGAAGGGCUGUUGCCACAUGAACUCACAGAAGGUGUGGAAGGGAUAGCAGGUGGUUUCAUCUACACUAUUCAAGAAGGUGAUGCUCUUUUAAAAAGCCUCCAUACUCGCCCAGAAAGGUUUACAAGUCAUAUAAAAAGUCUUGAGAAGGAAGAUAUUUUACUGGAGGAAGAAAGCAGUACCUAUGAUGAUAUUGUUUUUGUAGAUGUUAUUGACACUUACAGAAACGUUCCAUCUAAACUACUGAACUUCUACCGAUGGACAGUUGAAACAACAAGUUUUGAUUUGUUGCUGAAGACGGAUGAUGACUGUUACAUUGAUUUGGAGGCUGUUUUUAACAGGAUAGCGCAGAAAAAAUUGGACAGACCAAACAUUUGGUGGGGCAAUUUCAGACUUAACUGGGCAGUUGAUCGAACUGGGAAAUGGCAAGAGCUGGAGUACCCGAGUCCUGCCUAUCCAGCCUUUGCUUGUGGGUCUGGCUACGUUAUCUCCAAAGACAUCGUUCAGUGGCUGGCAAGCAACUCUGAAAGAUUAAAGACUUACCAGGGUGAAGAUGUGAGUAUGGGCAUCUGGAUGGCAGCUAUAGGACCCAAGCGAUACCAAGAUAGUCUCUGGCUGUGUGAGAAGACGUGUGAGAGUGGCAUGCUGUCUUCCCCUCAGUACUCCCCACAGGAACUGAGAGAACUCUGGAGAGUAAAGGAACUGUGUGGAGAUCCUUGCAGAUGCGAGGAAAGAUAAUGGGCUUAUAUCAGCCAACAUCAUAGCGUAUACCGAUGAUGGAAAACUGUACACUGGGGUUCGUUCCUUCAACAAUAUGGAAUAUUGAGGUAUCUUUUAUUGUUGGGUUUCAUCUGAAGUGUAACGAUAUUUGCACAUCCCUUUUGAUAAUUACAAGUGGACUGAUACUAUUCAAUUUCUAUAGUAUAGAUGUUGAUCUGACAAAAACCAAAAUGUUUAAGAUAAAAAUUUCCUUUUUAUAUAAGAAGUCAAAGACCUACUUGUAAUUAAUAAAUGCACAUAAGAAUGCCAA